AUGAUCAAAAAGAGAAGUUCAUUGUAUAUCACGGAGUUGCCAACCAGACCAGCAUCUGGUAGCACCAACCCUGACGCACCAUCUCCAUUAAAAUUCAUCAGGAAACUGACAAGACAAGCAUCUACAGUGAAUGGGUCAUCUACCAAAAUUUAGACUUGCAUUUCAUCUGUUCCGAAUAAAACUCAGGAAGUGAUCCAACAUUGUAUAGUCAUGGUCGAAUAGCUGAGACAAUAGCAUCAGGAAAGGUAGGCUAGUAGAUUCUUUCAUAUCCGGUCAUGUUCUAUGCCUUGCGACCGAGUUUCGAUUAUCAACUCGUUGAUUGAUACAAUUUUGCCUCAAUCUCCAAGGAAACCACAAAGAUCAUUAGAGUAGGCUUGUGUAUUGUUAUUCUUAGAGGAGAGAUUCAAUCAGUCAUGCAAUAGUUGA